GGUCGGGUCCGGGGGGGUUCUAUCCACUGUCGGAUCAGCUGGGAGAACACCUUCAACUCCAGCUGAUCGCAACAACAACGCGCUCGGGCUGCUUAGUUCGUGCUUGGAUCGGCUGAGAGUGUUCGCGCGCGCCAACCUGCCACAGUUUGAAUGAAAUUUCCAUUGCGAAACGACUCUUCUCGCCUGGUGAAAAUUUAGAUCUACACGGACUAGAUUCGCUGAUCCCCACGGGAUUACCAAAUGCCAAUUCCUCGCCGCUGCCCGCUGUUAUAGUAAUCGCAAGCAACAAUGCCGUCGUUGGUGGAAGCACUGGAGCAAAAGUAUGGAGGCGAAAGUUCAACCGAAUCCGAGAACUCUGAAGAGGAGCUGUGUGUCUCUAUUUUCGUGCCAGCAAGAUCGCCACGAAUGAUCGUUCCAUCGCUUCUGGUAUUGAACGAUUGUGAUAUCGCAACAGCCGGUGAAAGAGAUGCCUUAAUUGAUAAAUGCGCUGCCGUCGAAGAACUGGAUCUGGCGAAGAACAAGCUGGAUUGUUGGCCUGAGAUCCUGGGUAUUCUUCAGCAAAUGCCAAGAUUGAAGUUCGUCAAUCUGAGUUUCAAUCAGCUUUCGCAGCCGCUUCAGAAUGCUGGCGUCGACCUGAAAGAUUUUAAAUGGUCCAAUUUGAAAAACCUCGUGUUGAACUCGACCCAAAUAGAUUGGGACAACGUCAGUCAAAUAUUGGAUUACUCGCCGACUCUCGAGGAACUCCAUCUGAGUUUAAACGAAUAUAAAGACGUUAAUAUUUGCAAGGAAUGCGAAUGCAAAUGUAACUGUGAUAACGAAGACGAGGGUAAACCGUUUUGCCAAUGUCCUCGCAUGGACUACAAACAGAGACAUAAACACUUGGGUGUGAAGAAGGUUCAUUUUACUGGAAACCCCGUGAGUAAGUGGAAAGAAGUUUGUAAGUUAGGGUACGCUUUUCCGAAUUUGGAAUACUUGGUUGUCGCGAAUUGUCCCAUUGAAUCGCUGGACGUCGAUGGAGAGGAGAACAGUAACGGAGGGCGUCGGACGGAGAGUGAAAGUGAAGCUGAAGAAAGAAGCGAAUCUCCACACGACAGCUUUAGGCAACUGAAGUUUCUCAAUUUGAAUUCAUCGGGUUUAUCCACUUGGGAUGAUAUAGAAAGAUUAUCGAAAUUUCCAACAUUGCAGUGCCUUAGAGUCCAAGGUUGUCCACUUUGGGAUAGUAGCGAGUACACUGAACACGAACGGAGACAAUUGCUUAUUGCUCGUCUACCAAAUGUUGAUAUGUUGAAUGGUGGCGGGAGCAUUGAUCACGACGAACGGGAGGAUGCAGAGAGAGCUUUCAUACGCUAUUACAUGGAUAAACCAGAGAGCGAUAGACCGGAUCGGUAUUUGGAAUUAGUCCAAAUACACGGUAAACUCGAUCCUCUGGUCAAUGUGGAUUUGCGGCCUGAAAAACGGGUCAAAGUAACUUUCACCUGCGGUUCCAACAGCGAAACUCGCUCGAUGGAUGUAUACAGAACCGUACUGGAUUUGAAAUCGAAAUUGGAGCCGUUCGCAGGAUUCAGCGCUGCCAGAAUGAGAUUGUUUUACGUCGAUCAGGAUUUGAGAGAUAUGCAGGGUCCAGAAGAGAUGAAAUAUCCUCACAAGCAACUAUACAGCUACAACAUUCGGUCAGGAGAUGAGAUAAUAAUAGAUUGCAAGAAGAAAUUAUCCGAAAGUAAAGCUUAAGUAAUUCCUAAUAUAUUUUUUUCCUUUAACUAUUAUCCAUUUCUACUGUACGAAACUUUCACAUUAAACUAACUGCCAAUAUACCUUAUAUACAUACAGAGAUUGAGACCAUUUCGUCGGAAAUUUCAUAUUACUAUGUAAUUCCGUGCGACUGCCGAAAUUUUCGAAACUAACCAAUUUAUUUAUAUGGUACUACCUUAAUUUGUAUUAAUAAGACUUGUUGUUUCUCGAAGGAAUAGUAUAUUUCGUAGAAUUAUACAAAUAUGUGAUAAGGUCGUAUAUUACGGCUUGAAAUAUAUUAUAUAUAAUCUUAAUAAAUAUAUUUAUAUAGAGGAAA